AUGCAAAUGAUAAUUAGUGAUACUGGGACAGACUGCAGCUGGACAUCAUUUUGGAAGGAUGUAAAAACAAGGCAGAUACUCAGUGUGUUUGUCAGGUUCAACUCCAGCCAUGGCUUCCCGGUGGAGAUUGGUUCAGAUGCCAGCAUCCUCCAGCUGAAGGAGGUGGUUGCCCAGCGACAGGGAAUUCCAGCUGACCAGCUGCGGGUGAUUUUUGCAGGGAGGGAGCUCAGCAAUGACUUGACACUGCAGAACUGUGACCUGGCCCAGCAGAGUAUCGUUCAUAUUGUUCAGAGUCCACAGAAGAACAGUCAGAACAAGGAUGAGACAGAAGAUAACGGUGCUGGAGGUAUUCUAAAAGCCUUGGACAGAGAACCUGAAAGUCUAACUCGCAUAGAUCUCAGUACCAGCAUCCUACCAUCACUCUCUACAGGGUUGGCUGUUAUUCUGGAUCCUACAAAAGCCAGCAUUUCUCUCCCCUCUGAAAAAUCAGGCGCUGAUAGUUACAACAGUUUUUAUGUUUUCUGCAAAAAUUUCUGUCAAGCUGUGAAACCUGGGAAACUGAGGGUCCGCUGCAGUGCAUGUAAACAAGGAACACUGACAUUGGCAAGGGGUCCAUCUUGCUGGGAUGAUGUGCUGAUUCCCAACAGAUUAAGAGGUGUUUGCCAGUCCCAAACGUGCAAUGGAAACACAGCGGAGUUUUUCUUUAAAUGUGGAGCACACCCAACCACUGACAGUGAAACAUCUGUGGCUUUGAACCUCGUUACAACAAACAGUCGCUGUAUCACAUGUAUAACAUGCACAGAUAUUAGGAGUCCUGUGCUUGUGUUCCAGUGCGUGCAUCGCCAUGUCAUUUGCCUAGACUGCUUCCAUUUGUACUGUGUGACUAUGCUGAAUGACCGUCAGUUCAUCCAUGACCCGCAGCUUGGCUAUUCCCUCCCUUGUGUAGCUGGCUGUCCAGACUCCUUGAUUAAAGAGCUUCAUCACUUCAGGAUUCUGGGAGAAGAACAGUAUAACCGCUACCAGCGCUACGGGGCCGAGGAGUGCGUGCUGCAGAUGGGAGGAGUGCUGUGUCCAACUCCCAGCUGUGGAGCAGGUUUGCUUCCUGAACCAGGAGUGAGGAAAAUUGUAUGUGAACCAGGCAACGGAGUAGGCUGUGGGUUUGUGUUCUGCCGUGAAUGUAAAGAAGAAUACCAUGAAGGGGAAUGCAUCUCUCUCCUCAGCAUGCAGGGAGCCAUGGCCCAGAAGGGAUAUGUAGUUGAUGAACAUGCAGCCAUGCAAGCUCGAUGGGAAGAGGCAUCUAGAGAAACAAUCAAGAAGACAACCAAGCCAUGCCCCAGCUGCAAUAUUCCAGUAGAAAAAAAUGGUGGCUGCAUGCACAUGAAAUGUCCUCGCCCUCAGUGCAGAUUUGAGUGGUGCUGGAACUGUGGCCUGGAGUGGAACAGAACCUGCAUGGGAGAUCACUGGUUUGACUAGUGGUGCUGAGGCCGGCCCGUGUUGUUGUUAAAGCUUGUUUUCACUGAGGCCAAAUUCUGAACUCCUUGCUCAAACAAAAUUCCCUGUGGUUUCAGGGACACAGAGUUCAGACGUUGGCCCAGAUUGUUGGUUUUUGCUUUCUUGCAUAUGCAAUCAUACCAAAAUCACAUUGAAGCUAUGCCAAGGGUUUUAAAUCCACUAAGUAAAAAGAGUAAUUGUUUUAAUGGACAGGCUUGCUCAUCAUGGUACAAAGAGGGGUAAAUUACACCUUUCUGAACUUCUGCAGUCUGUCAGCAUGGAGAGCAGGCAGUGUUACCAUGAGGAACUUUGCUUGACAUUUAUAGGCAGGAAUCUGCAACUCUUGCAAGAGAGAUCAGUCUGCAUGUGAGUGUGUGAGCGUCAAGGAGGGUGGAGGAUGUUCCCUGCAUCAGCUGUUUUUUCUUUGACCACUCCUUUGCUCAUUCAGCACAAUUUUUGAUUUUGAGGCAGUAUUUCUUAACAGCUUUUUUGGCAGAGAGAAGACAGUGGUUAUUCAGUGUUUUCUCAGGGUUCCUUCCUAACAGGUUUUCUGUAGGGGUCUUGCUUUCAAACCAAAUUCUCAUAUAAACAUCCAGCUUUAUGCCGUGUAUGUGCUUGUGUAUUUGUAAUGUACGACACAAAUCACAGAAUCGUCUAGGUUUAAAAAGACCUUGAAGAUCAUCCAGUCCAACCAUUAACCUAACACUGACAGUUCCCAACU